AUGAACAGUCCAAAAAAACUUGAUAAGUAUAAAGGAUUUCCUUUGUACAUUGAAGCAAUUACUACUAAAGAUUUUAAAAAAUAUCUGGAAACAUGUUUGACUCUGGAAGAUGAAGCUCGGGAUCAUUCGUUUCAUAAAAUAUUAGUGAACCAUUGGCCAGAAAAUUUGAAUAGUUUCAUAUCAGCAUUUAGUGAUUAUUUCGGCUUUGCUCUUAUCCCUGUUAAUGUUGUUAAAGAGGACAAUGAUAAAUUAUCAUUCUACUCGAGCAAUCUUAAUUUAAUAUCAAAAAUUAUUGAAUUAAAUUUUUUAUUUCCAUAUCAAAAAUGCAUGUCCAAUAUAGAAAUUUUAUUUAAUUGUAAAAGCUCCAUAGAGUUAUUUGGAAAGUAUACUACAGUUGAUGAAAUUGUUACCAAAGUUGUAAGUAACAGAUUUAAAGGAAGCUGUGAAUUGGAUUUGUCUGCAUUUUGUGAAGAUAAAGAAUUUUUAGAAAAUAAAAUUUAUUUCUACAAGUUGUCGCUGCUAUCACAUUUCAAAAUAUUAAUGCUGAGAAUGGGUAGAGAUACAAAAUCUUUGAAUUUAAGCUGUAACAACUUAAGUAAUGCUCCAAUGGAAAUUCUUAACUUCUUCAUGAAAGGAAAUUUGACAUCCAUCAAUCUGAGUCACAAUAGAAUACCAUCAUUGAACCAAGUACCGAGAGUUAGCAGUAAAAUAGAAAAAUUAUGGAUGGAAGAGAAUCCAUUAUGUGAAACACUAGACGCUUCGACCUACAUAAAAGAUAUAUUGUUUAAGUUCCCAAGAUUAUUGGAGUUGGACGGCGUCAAAUUAAAUCACCAUCGAACGUACUUACCGUCGAUAAGGAACUUCGUAGUGCCAGCCGCAUUGCACUCAAACCACGCUAUUGACGAGUUCUUGGCCAUAUUCUUUUCAUACUACGACGACCCGUUCCGACAUAAUCGCAAAUAUUUAGCGAAUCUUUAUGACGUUGAAGCGAAAUUCAGUAUCAGCACUUGUUUUACUUCAAGAGAACAGAGAGAUCUUCCACAUUACAUGAACCACUCGCGGAACAUUAUGGACGUGUCAAUGCAAGCCUGCAGUGUGCCGGGCGCUAGGAUCUACAACGGUGAAGCUGUACUGGCGAUCCUUACAAGCCUGCCCGAAACGAUACACGACCCGACAACUUUCUCGAUUGAUGUUUUACUUUAUAAUGAAAAAACUUUAGUACUAGUUGUGGAUGGUGUUUUUAAAGAGAAAUCAAUAACAGGACAAGAUAAAAUUCUACAAUUCAGACGAACAUUCGUGUUUAUGUGUAAAAAGGAGAAAGAAGGUACUAAAUACCUCAUCGCCAAUGAUAUGUUAACUGUGACAACAGCUGCGAAUGAACACAAACUAAACAGUUUUAAGAAUCCUAUAAGGAACGGCAAUACAUUAAUGCUCAUUAAUCCAACAGCUGAUGAUGUGGACAAUUUAGUGAACAUAUUUUGUCGAUUGACUAAGCUUAAAGCGUGGGCAGCCAAAGAACGUCUUCGAGCCUGUAACUGGGACAUCAGAAAAAGCCUGUCAAUAUUUAUAGACGAUUUAAAAAAAAAUGACGUCCCGAAUUUUUUUCUUGAAUUUGAUGAACGCAAUGCGCUCGGUGCAACAGCAUCAAUAGAGGAAAUUGACUAAUAAAUCGCAUUAUUGUAUAUUA